CUUCUUCAGAAAAGUUCUAAGCCCAAGAAUUGACAUGCAUUUGACUCUAAAGAUCAAAGCUUUAACAAGAGAAGAUUCAAUUGUUCAUUGAUUCAGAAACAGAGGGUUAGGGUUUUGAUUGUUUUGUGGUUCUGCAGAUUGGGUGAAAUUGUCCAUUUAAAAAGAAAAAGAAUCUUGGGCUUUUGAGGCUGGUGUAAAAAUGAUGUCAAGAUCGUAUACCAAUCUUUUAGAUUUAGCUACUGGGAAUUUUCCGGCAAUCGGUCGAGAACGGAAGCGGCUUCCGAGGGUAAUGACGGUUCCGGGCAAUGUGUAUGAACUUGAUGAUGAUCAGGCUAAUAGUGUGUCGUCUGAUAACCCCUCUUCAGUUGCUCAAGAUCGGUUGAUUAUAGUGGCAAACCAGUUGCCUGUGAAAGCUAACCGAAGAGCAGAUGAUAGAGGCUGGGUUUUUAGUUGGAAUGAAGACUCAUUGCUUCUGCAACUUAAGGAGGGUUUGCCAGAAGACAUGGAAGUUCUGUAUGUUGGGUCAUUGAGGGUUGAUGUUGACUUGACGGAACAAGAGGAAGUAUCCCAGAUUCUGUUGGAGACAUUCAAAUGUGUCCCUACUUUUCUGCCUCAUGAUGUUUUAGAGAAAUUCUAUCAUGGAUUCUGCAAGAAGUUGUUAUGGCCGCUUUUCCAUUACAUGUUGCCAUUUUCAGCUGAUCAUGGAGGUCGGUUUGAUCGGUCUAUGUGGGAAGCAUAUGUGUGGGCAAAUAAGUUAUUCUCACAAAAGGUUAUUGAGGCGAUAAACCCAGAUGAUGAUUAUGUUUGGAUUCAUGAUUACCAUUUGAUGGUAUUGCCAACUUUCUUGAGGAGGCACUUUAACCAGUUAAGAAUGGGGUUUUUUCUUCAUAGUCCAUUUCCAUCUUCAGAGAUCUACAGGACUCUUCCUGUCAGAGAAGAAAUUCUUAAGGCUUUGCUUAACUCAGACCUUAUUGGUUUCCACACAUUUGAUUAUGCUCGGCAUUUCCUUUCUUGUUGCAGUCGGAUGUUGGGUUUGGAGUAUCAGUCAAAGAGGGGCUAUAUAGGGUUGGAAUAUUAUGGAAGGACUGUGGGGAUCAAGAUUAUGCCUGUUGGGAUUCAUAUGGGCCGGAUUGCUUCAGUGAUGAAGCUUGCAGAUAAGGAGAAGAAGGUAGGAGAGCUCAAGCAGCAGUUUGAAGGGAAAACGGUGUUGCUUGGUGUUAAUGAUAUGGACAUUUUUAAAGGUAUUAAUUUGAAGCUAUUGGCAAUGGAACAGUUGCUUCAGCAACACUCAAAGUGGCAAGGAAAGACCGUGUUGGUUCAGAUUGCAAACCCUGCAAGAGGUAAAGGAGCAGAUUUAGAGGAAAUACAAGCUGAAAUAAGGGAAAGCUGCAGAAGAAUCAAUGAAGAAUUUGGGGAGCCCGGGUAUGAACCAAUAGUUUUUGUUGACAGACCAGUUUCAAUCAGUGAGAGAAUUGCCUAUUACAGUAUUGCUGAGUGUGUUGUUGUCACGGCUGUCAGGGAUGGGAUGAACCUUACGCCGUAUGAAUACAUUGUUUGUAGACAAGGAACAGAUGAUUCUGAAUCAAGUUCGGAUUUGAGUGGGCCCAAGAAGAGCAUGCUAGUGCUAUCAGAAUUUAUUGGAUGCUCUCCUUCACUUAGUGGGGCUAUCUGUGUGAAUCCAUGGAAUGUCGAAGCAACUGCUGAGGCAAUGAAUGAAGCUAUUUCAAUGUCUCAAUCAGAGCAACUCCUGCGACAUGAGAAGCAUUUUCGGUAUGUUAGCACCCAUGAUGUGGCUUAUUGGUCACGAAGCUUCUUGCAAGAUAUGGAGAGAACCUGCUCAGAGCUCUUUAGGAGAAGAUGCUGGGGAAUUGGUUUAAGUUUUGGGUUCAGAGUUGUAGCACUUGAUCCUAAUUUUAGAAAGCUUUCAAUAGAGGCUAUUGUUUCGGCCUACUGUAGGGCUAAGAGUAGGGCCAUACUGUUGGACUAUGAUGGCACUGUGAUGCCCCAAAAUUCCAUCAACAAGGCUCCAAGUCAGGAGGUUAUUUCAAUUCUAAACACACUUUGCUGGGACAAGAAAAAUAUAGUUUUUAUUGUCAGUGGAAGAGGAAGGGAUAACUUAAGCCAGUGGUUUUCCCCCUGCAGGAAGCUUGGACUUGCAGCAGAAGCAAUCUUAAUGGAAGGAAUAAAUGAAGAGAAUGAACGAGAAAAUAUUGAUAAUUUGGCAGAGAGUGAGGCAAUUGAUAUGGAGCAGAAUAGGAAGAAUCAACCAAAGUCAUCUGGAAUGACUGAUCAGCCCCCGCAAGCAUCAACAGAAUAA